AUGGCCUUAGACCAAUCUAAAUUUUACGAAAUUCUAGCAAAGGACCUGAUAAAACUAUUAAAAGACAAUAAUGACCACGAUAUGGUGAUAACGGCUGGCGAGGAACCAGACGUGAGAACUUUUCAUGUACACUCAAACAUACUUCGCGCUAGAUCAACUUAUUUUUCCACUUCGAUGUCGGAAAUUUGGAUUCGUAAAAAGGACGGCAUCAUACAAUUUAGAAAGCCUAACAUUAGCCCAGAGGUUUUUGAGAUCAUCCUGGGGUACAUAUACGGAGGAAAGACGUUCGAGGACAAUCUAGACCCAUCGAUUAUAUUUGAUUGCGUCAUGGCCGCCGACGAGCUUGGAAUCAUAGAAUUCCUUCAUUAUGCACAAGACUAUCUGAUGCCAAACCUUUCUGUUGAUCCUUCGAAUUGGAGUGCAGAGAAUCAUGCGUCGUUGGGUAAAAUACUGAAAAACUGCAUAGAACACAUUAGAUUUCAUAAUAUGGAUGCCAACGAAUUUCGUACAAAGGUUUUACCUUUCAAAGGGGUCCUGGGCACGGACUACGAAAGGAUUUCGGUUUAUUUUCCGGAGUUAUUGGGGAAAAGUGCAAAUGCGACGGGUUCGCAGAAAAGCAAAAAAUUAAUGAAAAUGAAAUUGCCAAGUCGAGGAGCGAUCAUAUCGACCAUUAUGAGUUCAUCUCAUGCAGCAAUGAUUGCAAGUUGGAUUGAUCGUAAAGAUCUGACAACCAAUCAAGAAGCUGGCGGAGACGGACUAAAUGAGAAGCACACGUUUCAACCGUAUUCCACAUCCGAGAUUCCAUAUAAGUUUUAUUUAUUAGCGAGAGGUAGUAGGGACGGAUUUAGUGCAAAAACAUUUCAUUCGAAAUGCGACGGGAAACGAAGUACCGUCACCUUAUUCAAGCUUCAAGAUCACGAUAUUUUUGUGGGCGGUUAUAACCCAGGAAUUUGGAACAGCGUAAUGUGGCCACAAUACAAGAAAGAUGAGAAAGCCUUUGUGUUUUCUUUCACGCAAGGAGGCGGCACCAAUGGUACGAAUGACAUUCAGGGUAAAAUAGGGAGGCUGACAAAUCCUGAAAGCUAUGAAUAUGCAUUAAACUGUUGGAGGUCUAAUGGCCCAUCAUUUGGAAAUUUGGAUCUGUUGAUGCAAGGCCGCAAACUCACGUUCAAGCAUAAGACUUACAUGCCGAAUGUCAUGCCUUUUGAUGAUAAGACUGUUAAUACUGAAGAUUAUGAGGUAUUCGAGGUUGUGGAGAAAGCGGUCAAUGGAAAAGACGCUGAUAGUGAUGAUAUAUUGGAUGGAUGA